GCGCGCGAGCCUGGCGCGCCGUCGCGGCCGCGACCCCCACUCUCUCCCGCCCGCCAUGGGGCUCCCCGCGAACGUGCCUCUCGCGUCCCUCCUUGCCCGCCUCUUGCUUCUGCUCCAGGCGCAGCAGGUUUGCUGGCUGUCCAGCCGGGCAGGCUUUGCGGAGGCCUCCGAAGUGACCUUGCAAGCGGGAGGCGCGGAGCUGGAACCCCUCCAGGCGCCGGGGCACGGAUGCUUGGAACAGAAGCCUGGCCUUCCAGGGACUGACCCCAACUUCAGUGUGAUGGACCAUGGAACCGUCCAGGAAAGAGAGACUUCAUCACGGCCCCUCUCUAGAAGGAUCUUACGACGACAAAAGAGGGACUGGGUGGUGCCACCCAUCUCGGUCCCUGAGAAUGGCAAAGGGCCAUUCCCCCUAAAGCUGCAUCAGCUCAAAUCCAACAAGGACAGAGGCACCAAGCUCUUCUAUAGCAUCACAGGACCUGGGGCUGACAGCCCACCUGAGGGUGUCUUCACCAUCGAGAAGGAAACGGGCUGGCUGCUGUUGAACAAGCCGCUGGACCGGGAGAAGAUCGCCAAGUAUGAGCUCUUUGGCCACGCUGUGUCAGAAAAUGGGGCUUCGGUGGAAGAGCCCAUGAACAUCUCUGUCAUCGUCUUGGACCAGAAUGACCACAAGCCCCAGUUCACCCAGGAGGUCUUCCGGGGCAGUGUCUCUGAGGGGGUGUUGCCUGGCACUUCAGUGAUGCAGGUGACAGCCACAGAUGAGGAUGAUGCCAUCCAAACCUACAAUGGAGUGGUCGCCUACUCCAUCCACAGCCAAGAGCCGAAGGACCCCCAUGACCUCAUGUUCACCAUCCACCGGAGCACGGGUACCAUCAGUGUCAUCUCUAGUGGUCUGGAUCGAGAGAAAGUCCCCGAGUACACGCUGACCGUGCAGGCCACAGACAUGGACGGGGAUGGCUCUACCACCACUGCCAAGGCUAUCGUUGAGAUUCUUGACGCCAAUGAUAACCCUCCCGUGUUUGAGCCCAAAAAGUACGAGGCCCAUGUGCCGGAGAAUGCCGUGGGCCUGGAGGUACAGAGACUGACUGUGACCGAUAUGGACACUCCGGACUCACCAGCAUGGCGCGCCACCUACCGCAUCGUGGGAGGUGAUGACGGUGACCACUUCUCCAUCACAACCCACCCCGAGAGCAACCAGGGCGUCCUGACCACCAAGAAGGGCUUGGACUUCGAGGCCAAGAACCAGUACACCCUGUCCGUGGAAGUAACCAAUGAGGUGCCCUUUGUGGUGAAGCUGCCCACGUCCACGGCCACUGUCAUGGUCCUCGUAGAUGAUGUGAACGAGGCCCCUGCAUUCGUGCCACCCUCCAAAGUGGUGGAGGUCCCAGAAGACGUGGGCCUUGGGGAGCCUGUGUGCAUCUACACAGCACAGGACCCGGAUCAGGGGGCUCAGAAGAUCAGCUAUCACAUCCUGCGGGACCCUGCGGGGUGGCUCUCCAUGGACCCUGACAGUGGGCAGGUAACAGCUGCUGGCAACUUGGAUCGAGAAGACGAGCAGUUUGUGAGGGACAAUAUCUACCAGGUCACAGUCUUGGCCACAGAUGACGGGAACCCUUCCACCACCGGCACGGGGACCCUCCUGCUGACACUUGUGGAUGUCAACGACCAUGGCCCGGUGCCCGAGCCCCGCCACAUCACCGUCUGCAACCAGAGCCCCACACCGCAGGUGCUGAACAUCACCGACAAGGACCUGGCGCCACACACCGCCCCCUUCCAGGCACGGCUCACCCACGACGCCGAUGUCUUCUGGAACGCCGAGGUCAACGAGAAAGGAGAUGCCGUCGCUUUGUCCCUGAAGAAAUUCCUGAAGCAGGACAUGUACGAUGUCCACCUUGCCUUAUCUGACCACGGCAACAGGGAGCAACUGACAGUGAUCAGGGCCACUGUGUGUGACUGUCACGGCCAUGUGGAAAACUGCCCCGAUCACUGGAAGGGAGGCUUCCUCCUGCCCGUCCUGGGGGCCGUCCUGGCCCUGCUUCUCCUCCUGCUGGUGCUGCUCCUGCUGGUGCGACGUAAGCGGAAGGUCAAGGAACCCCUCCUGCUGCCUGAGGAUGACACUCGCGACAAUGUCUUCUACUAUGGCGAAGAAGGGGGUGGCGAGGAGGACCAGGACUAUGACAUCACUCAGCUGCACCGGGGCCUGGAGGCACGGCAGGAAGUGGUUCUCCGCAAUGAUGUAGCACCCACCUUCAUCCCUACACCGAUGUACCGGCCUCGUCCAGCCAACCCUGAUGAGAUCGGCAACUUCAUCAUCGAGAAUCUGAAGGCAGCCAACACGGACCCCACAGCCCCGCCCUACGACUCCCUGCUCGUGUUCGACUAUGAGGGCAGUGGCUCAGACGCCGCAUCCCUCAGCUCCCUCACCUCAUCGGCCUCAGACCAGGACCAGGACUACGACUACCUGAACGAGUGGGGCAGCCGCUUCCGGAAGUUGGCAGACAUGUACGGGGGUGGCCAGGACGACUAGGCCCCGUCCAGCCUGGGACUCAGGCUGUUGAAAAAUAGCCCCGUCAGCCUGAGCACAGCGAAGCAGGGAGGCCAGAGCCUUUAGCCUCUCUGGUGGAUGAGGCUGAGCCUCUCAGCGCCAGCUCUGCAGGUCCCCUGGGCUGCCCCAAAAGCAUGUUUCUGGGGGCCUCCCACUUGCCAGGACACUCUGGGAUUUUGGGCCCACCAGUGUGGACUAGCUUUCUGAGUGGACUCAUCUCGUUAGGGAAAGGCCUCUCAUCUCUGUCUAAUUUUUAUUUUUUAAUGCGGUUUUCAGAAAUGUAGAGGCCGGCCCUCGUGGGCCCAGGCACCUGUUUGGAAGGAUUUCUGCAUUUUUAUACCCAACGCGUCUAGCUUGCCCUUUAUUUUUUAUUUCCCCCCUGAGCUGUAAUGACAAUCGUGUACUAGGACAUUUUUUUUUAAUUAAAGGAACAUUUCCCAGA